AUGAUGCCUCUGUCUCUCAUGAAGAGGUUGCAAAUCAAUGAAAUGAAAUCCACAGAUGUAGUCAUCGAAUUGGCCGAUAAGACUCAGAAGCAAGCUGAAGGAGUAGUCGAGAAUGUAUUGGUCAAAGUGGGAAAUUACUUUCUCCCCACUGACUUUGUUGUUCUGGACAUGGAAGAAAGCUACCUCCAUCCAAUCAUGCUGGGGAGACCAUUUUUAGCCACUGCUAGAGCACUCAUCGAUGUGGAACAAAGAGAGUUAAUAUUGAGAAUACAUGAUGAACAUCUCAUCUUAAAUGAUUUCAAACCCACACUUGAAUCAGUGUCAGAACCUAAAGAGCCGAAGGAUGAUCACAGCAAAAUGUGCCUAGAGGAAAGCAAUAGUGAAUCCAAAACAUGA